AUGAAUGCAUUCAUGGAAGGAAAAAGUGAUGAAGGAAUUAAUAUAGCAAUAAUCGGAGAAACAUCUAAUUUACAAAGAAAUUCAAAAGAAUAUGCUGACAAAAUAGAAAAAAAUGAAAAUGGAGAAAUUUUUUAUCAUCCACAAAUAGUUCCGUAUUUGUCAGCUUUAUACGAUCAAUUGGCGUUCCCACUAAUUUUUUGGAACGGUCACGGAGGUUGUGGACGAUUAAAUAACAAUGAAGAAUGGUCAUAUAAACAUAUGAGGAGAACAGCGUGUUCAUUGCUAAUGCAGCCAAAUUCUCAUUGGAUACAUAAAUUGGGAUAUUUAAGAGAAGAGUAUAUAUGCAGUAUUUUCGGGAGAGAUUUACAUCACAGAAUUGAAAACGCUUUUUAUCGGCAAAUAAAUUUAAGAAGAGAAAGUGAAGUGAAGAAGAAAAGUGACAACCCCGAAGAAAAUGAAGGAACAACAACAUAUAUUCCGUCAAGCUUUACAAAUGGGCCAGCAUAUUGGAAAAAGAUAGGAAAGAAAGUCAUCUUACUGUCCACAAAAUAUGGUCAGCCCACACUUUUUAUAACAAUAACAUGUAAUCCAGGAUGGAUCGAAAACAUAGCAUUAGAUCGCUGUUCAGCAAAUACAAAUGCAGCAAACAUUAUGCUUAUAUAUAAUGAAAGGAGAAAAACUUUUAUCAAAUUCUUGAAAGAUUCAAAAAUUUUCGGUGAUGUUAAUGCUUUACUAUGGCGUGACGAAUUUCAGCAGAGAGGCUAUCCGCACACGCAUAUCUUAUUGUGGACCACACUAGAUACACAGAAUGUCAAUCAGUUGGAUGAUGUUAUAAAUACACAGUAUCCGAAAACUAAUGAUAUCAGGCAAUUAGAUAAAUUUAAUGAUUUGAAGAUUCUUAUCAACAAAUAUGAGAUUCAUGGUUGCACAAAUAGAUGUAAAGAUAAAACAACGGGAAAAUGCACUAUGGGUUUUCCUAAGGAAGUAAGAGAUCAAACAGAAAUUAUUAAUGGAAGAGUUCAUUAUAAAAGGUCGGCAGAAGAAGUUAAAAUAGUACCUCAUAAUUUAAAGAUUCUUACAUUAUGGAGAGCUCAUCAUGAGAUUGAAAUAGUUACUUCAAAUGAUUGCAUUCUAUAUAUUACUAAAUAUGUAACAAAAUUUAGUGAUUCAGCUGAAGUAUCAUUACAAUCUCAGUUAAGAUUUAUACAAAAAGAAGUUGAAGAAAAAGACCAAUUACACAAAUAUGGUGCAUCAAUUAUAACAAGUUCUUGCCAGGCUUUCGGAACAUUAGCAGGAUAUCAUAACUAUGGUAUGUUUCCAAAAGUAGAAUUACUAAAUUUUCAUUUAGAAGGAGAUAGAAAGAUAGUUGAAAAGGCUGAUGAAAGUGAAGAAGAUUUGUUGAAAAGAAUUGAUGAUACUUUGAGCUAUUUAUUAAGAUAUUUUAGCAGGCCAAAAACAGAAGAAUUCAGAAAUUUGGCAUUUGUGGAAUACUAUGAAAGAUAUAUAGUAUCUCCAAAUAAACCAGCAAAAAUUGAAGCAAUUCAAGAUGAAGGUAAUGGAACAGAUGAUAAAACAAAAAGAUGGGUGUAUAGAAGGACAAAAGAAUGUGUAUUCGCCUUACAAUUAGUACCAUACCAGAACACAGAAUUAUUUUGUUUAAGGUUAAUUUUAGAAAAAGUGCCAGGCUAUUCCUAUAAUGAUUUGAUAAUGGGAAAAGAAUCUUUUUUAAAAGCAGCAGAAUCAUUGAGAUUAAUUGAAUCAGGAAAAGAAGCAAAAAUUUGUUUGAAAGAGGGAAUAAAAAAUGGAUACUUUGGAUAUAUUUUACGUCAAAUGUUGGUAAAUUUUUCAAUUCAAGGCAUCAAUAUAGAAAAAUUGACAUUAAAAUUCCAAAAUGAAUUAAUGAAAGAUUUAGAAGAAAAGACAAUCGACAAUUUAUAUAUGCAUUUAUAUUCGGAGUUCAAGUAUGCAAAGGCAAAGUGUAUUCCACAAUUUUUAGUGAAUUACGAUCAUUUAUACAAAUUGGAACAAAAUAAAGAAAAAAAUCAGAAAGAUUUAUCAGAUUUAAAUGAACAACAAGCUUUUGUAAUGAAGGAUAUUUUGAAAAAUUGGGAUAGAGAUCAAUUAAUUUUUAUUCAAGGUCGCGCCGGAACUGGGAAAACUUACUUUUGCAAGGAAUUAAUCAAAGAAUUGGAAAACCAAAAGAAAGAUGUAUUAAUAUGUGGUACAACUGGAAUAGCAGCGUGUCAAUAUGAAAAUGGUUGCACAGCACACUCAUUAUUUGGAUUGAAAUGUGAUAUUGAAGAAAAUUUUGAUGAUUAUAGUUCAUUAAUUGGAAAAGACAGUUACAAAGGUUACUUAAUAAAAAAGGCAGAUGUUAUAAUGAUAGAUGAAGUUUCCAUGUUAACGCAUACUAUUGCAGAGAAAAUAUAUUUCAUUUUAAGAUUCUUAAUGUCAAGGAAAGAUUGCAAGGGAGAUGAAUUGAAAAAAGAACCUGCAUUCGGAGGGAAGAAAAUGAUUUUUAUUGGUGACUUUUUGCAAUUACCCCCUGUUAUCCCAAAUAGCAAGUAUUCAUUGAGUGAAAAAUUGAUUACAAAAUGUUCAUGGUGGAAUAUGGUGAAGAUGUAUGGAUUAUCAAUGCCAAUGCGUUGUUCCAACAAAGAAUAUAAUAACUUCUUAAUUAAAGUUGCAAAUAAUGAAGUAGGUGAUAUGAAAUGGAGUGAUUUGAAGGAUAUAACUGUGACAGAUGACCCAAAGACGGCAUUAGAUUUCUUAUUACACGGAGUUGAUAUGAGAAAUAAAAUUCCACUGAAAAUUCAAUGGAUUGCUGCAACUAACAAUUUAGUUAAUAAAGUCAACGAAGAAGUUGAAAUUAUGAAGUUAAAUUCUAUUUAUGAUUAUUGUCAAAACCAAGCAAAUCCGGAAGAAGCAAAAAAGUCAUUAGAUUUUGGAAAAAUAUACGCCAUAACGAAUAUACAGACAGAAGAUAAUAAGAAAAAAAGCGAGAUAAGAAUUGAUAAAGGACAAUUAGCUGAUAUGGUAAGGAAUUGGAAGUUUGCUGAUCUUCCAAAUCCAGUUGUUAAAUUACUUUAUGGUAUGCCAAUGAGUUUGCUUAGAAAUUUAAACACGCAUGACGGUUUGGUGAAAAACAAACGAUGCUGGAUCAUUGGAAGAGCAGGAGAAGCUGCAAUUGUGGAGUUCGAAAAUGGAGAAAAGGCCAUCAUUCCAAAAAUCAAAAUUCCAAAAGAUCUGUCAAACUUAAUAAUUGAAAGAAAGCAAAUCCCUCUGAAAACAGUAGUUGCUGGCACAAUACACAAAAGUCAGGGAUUAACUCUGGACCGUGUUGUGAUUGACUUUCGCGAUAAAUUCUUUGAGCAUGGAAUGCUGUACGUUGCACUAAGUCGUAUUAGAGAUCCGAAAAAUCUUUGCAUAUUAUUACCUGAAAAAAGAGAAGACUCAGAAAUUGAUGAUAUAGAUUCAAUAAUUCCGAUAGCAGAUCCAGAAAUAAUUGAAUUAAUCAAAAAAAUUGAGCAACAUACAAAAGAAAUGAUGGAAAAUCUUUCAAAUCAGAAUUUUCUUUCAGAUGAAGAAAACAUUCCAAAUGAUGAAUAUGGAUCAGAUGCAGGAAAUUCAAAUCAGAAUUUUCUUUCAGAUGAAGAAAACAUUCCAAAUGAUGAAUAUGGAUCAGAUGCAGGAAAUUCAAAUCAGAAUUUUCUUUCAGAUGAAGAAAACAUUCCAAAUGAUGAAUAUGGAUCAGAUGCAGGAAAUUCAAAUCAGAAUUUUCUUUCAGAUGAAGAAAACAUUCCAAAUGAUGAAUAUGGAUCAGAUGCAGGAAAUUCAAAUCAGAAUUUUCUUUCAGAUGAAGAAAACAUUCCAAAUGAUGAAUAUGGAUCAGAUGCAGGAAAUUCAAAUCAGAAUUUUCUUUCAGAUGAAGAAAACAUUCCAAAUGAUGAAUAUGGAUCAGAUGCAGGAAAUUCAAAUCAGAAUUUUCUUUCAGAUGAAGAAAACAUUCCAAAUGAUGAAUAUGGAUCAGAUGCAGGAAAUUCAAAUCAGAAUUUUCUUUCAGAUGAAGAAAACAUUCCAAAUGAUGAAUAUGGAUCAGAUGCAGGAAAUUCAAAUCAGAAUUUUCUUUCAGAUGAAGAAAACAUUCCAAAUGAUGAAUAUGGAUCAGAUGCAGGAAAUUCAAAUCAGAAUUUUCUUUCAGAUGAAGAAAACAUUCCAAAUGAUGAAUAUGGAUCAGAUGCAGGAAAUUCAAAUCAGAAUUUUCUUUCAGAUGAAGAAAACAUUCCAAAUGAUGAAUAUGGAUCAGAUGCAGGAAAUUCAAAUCAGAAUUUUCUUUCAGAUGAAGAAAACAUUCCAAAUGAUGAAUAUGGAUCAGAUGCAGGAAAUUCAAAUCAGAAUUUUCUUUCAGAUGAAGAAAACAUUCCAAAUGAUGAAUAUGGAUCAGAUGCAGGAAAUUCAAAUCAGAAUUUUCUUUCAGAUGAAGAAAACAUUCCAAAUGAUGAAUAUGGAUCAGAUGCAGGAAAUCCAAAUCAGAAUUUUCUUUCAGAUGAAGAAAACAUUCCAAAUGAUGACAAUGGUUCAGAUGCAAUAAAUUCAAACGAAAAUUUUAUCUCAGAUGAUGAAAAUAGUGAAAUCAUUCCAAAUCCGAAUUUUUUCUCGAAAGAAGUUGUUGAUCAAUUAAUCAAUGAAAACAAGGCAUUUAGAUUAAGUUCGAUAAUCAAUACACAAACAGUUCUUUUAAAUGAAAUCUCAUUAAAAUCAAUAAUGUUUGGUGUAUUGUAUGAAUUUUGGAAACAAAAAUCUGCCACCAAAUUCAUUACUCCAUAUAAUAUUAUAAUUUUGAAAGAAGAUGAUGCAGUUCAGAAUAGAAUGAAAGGAUCAAUUAUAAUCCAAAAUCAUGAAGGUAAUGAUCUUGACAUUAGAUAUAUUGGACCAGAAAUCUUUUUACAUAUUUGCAAAUUGAAUUCAACAAGCUUGAUAUGGUCACUGGGGAUUAUAUUUUUGGAAUUAGUUUUAGGUGACAUUUUUGAAGAUUGUUAUAAUCGAGAAAUUGAAAAAAAUUUAAUAUCAUAUAUGAUAAAGAAAUUAUCAUUAGUAUUAAAAAAGUUCAAUCCAGAUAUUGCACAGAAAUUAAAAAAUUUUUGA